AUGGAUGCCAUGAGCCACGCUUUAAGCAUAGGAUCUCGGUCGUCGUUUAUAGACGACAUUGAGCGGGCCCUAAUGCCAAGUAGAUUUACGCGCCUACCAUUCAAUUCCUAUGAUGGGAAAACGGACCUGGUGGAGCACGUCAGCCAUUAUAUUCAGAUGAUGUCUUUGCAUGCACAUAAUGACGCGCUGAUGUGCAAGGUAGGAUAUUUGAAGGAGUUUGUAGUGGAUUCCGGAAACCGGGGUAUUAGGCAAGGUGCUCAGCAAAGGGAAAAUCCUCUCCCACAGCCAUUAAGGGUGAUUGAAGUCAUCCACGCCGCCCCAAGGGGUAUUGCUAUAACUAGAAGAGGGGUGUUAAUCGUAGCGCCUGUGGGGAAUUUCCCUGGUGACCAAUCACCCGAGAAGAAAAUGAGGAUUGGUCAGGAGCCCAUCACCUUUAACGACGAUGAUUUAGAAGGAACAAUUCAACUGCACGAUGAUGUGUUGGUAGUCGCAGCUCGGAUAGGCGAUUUCUUAGUAAAAAGGGUGAUGGUAGACCAGGGAUGCGGGGCCGACGAGAUGUAUCUAGACCUAUUCAAAGGGCUCGGGUUAAAGAAUCAAGACUUAUCAAAGUAUGAUGCACCAAUGGUCGGGUUUGAUGACAAGGUGGUGAUUCUCGAGGGUCAAAUCUCCCUUCCCGUAAAUAUGGAAGGUAAAAAGGUGGUGGUGACAUUCAUAGUGGUCAAUUCAUUUUCCCCAUACACGGCGAUUCUGGGAAGGCCGUGGAUUCACGCAAUGGGGGUUGUUCCAUCCACCUUGCAUGUGAAAGUCAAGUUUCCUACCGAGCAGGGCAUAGCCGUAGUGAGGGGAAGCCAGCAAGUGGCUAGGCAAUGCUUGGUUACCGCAGUUAAUUGGAAGAAUGAGCGGGCUAAAGAGAAGGAAAUUGCCGAGGAGGCCCCUUUAUAG